AUGGCACCACUAAAACAGGCCCUGCCCUCUCUCCAGAUCUUCCUCAGCCAGGAGCAGGCUCAGGAGCUAGGCAUGACGCCAUGGUUCAGCUACUCUGUCACACUUCCCGAACGCCCCAUCCCUGGCGCUUCCGAACGAAAAUCCAUCGAGACUGAGCGCCUUGUCGUCCGCCCCUUCACAAUGAAGGACCUAGAAGCUUUCCAUGAGCUUCGCAAAAUCCCAGAGCUCCAAGUCUACUCAACAGCACGUGGUCGCGCCAACAAAGACAAGGACGAGUCCGAACGACAACUCCAUUCUCUAGUCCAAGACGACCAAUGCCACUGGUGGUUCGGCGCCUUUCUCAAGUCUACCGGCGAGCUUAUCGGCGAGGGUGGUCUCCCAGAUGUUCUCACCAUGUCUUCUUCAAUUUCCGGCUGGCCUGAAGCCGAAUUCCUUAUCAAGCCCCAACACUGCCGUCAAGGGUACGGCUCAGAGCUCUGGACCGCCAUUAUGGAUUCCUGGUGGGACCUGCCCCGCGAGAAGAGACGGCAUCAGCUCAUUCCCAUCGUUGCUCCUGGUAAGGAGCCCGGUGACAAGGUGGACGAGUGUGUCGUUUUCCAGUGGGAGGCCAGCAACGAGGUCGCCAGAAACUUCUUCGCCAAGAUCCUGGCACAAGCACCGGUUGCUGCGCAGGGUGGCUGCGAGAGUAUGGAUACACGAGAAGGAAGGGUGGGAAAUCUGAUCACAUGGUCUGGUACCUUGAUUUGCAACCCCAGACCAGCGAUCGAAGAGGAUUCGGACUCGGAAUAG